UGCCAAAGUACAACACCCAGCAUCCCGUCGCCCUGCCCACCCAACCAAUCUCCAAAAAAAAGCCCUCACACACCAACCAACCCACACUAUCUCUCCACCCACACACACACACACCCACCACCAUGGCGCCCUCACCCUCCCAAAAACCCAAGAAACAAAAGCCCACCCCAACCACAGUCGCAGACUUCACCAUCCUCAUCCUGACGCUCCCCCCGCUCCCCAGCCUCCCCGCGCAACACCAACACGCAAAGCACUUCCUGUACGCAAAACCGCACGCGCCCAGCGUGCCGACCCCCACGGCGGAAAAAAGCCUCUUCGUCGCAAACGUGCCCGUCGACGCAACGGAGGCCAAUCUGCGCGCCCUGUUCGCCGACCACCUUGGUGGGAGUCGUGUUGCGAGCGUGCAGUUCGACUCUGCGGUCCCGGAGGCGACGGCGCAUAAGCGGUGGAAGAGCGCUGUGGGGGUGGGGGGGAAGCGGAAGAGAGAGGAGGGGGAGGAGGAUGUAGCAGAGGGGGUGGUGGAGGAUGAGGAUAGUGCGUUACCGCGGGUUUGGAACGGGGAGGUUCGGCGCAGUGGGUGUGGAGCCGUCGUUGAAUUUGUGGAUAAACGCAGUGCGCGGGGGGCGCUGAAGGAGAUGCAGAGAAUUGGGAAGGAGGGGAGGGGUGUGCCGUGGAUGGCUGGGAUGGGGUUGGGUGUUGAUCGCUACACAUCCCACACCACCCUCUCCCACCCUUCCCCCCACUCCCUCCAAACUUCAAUAAACGCCUACCUCACCCAAUUCUCCACCCUCGAACGCUCCCGCGCCAAAUCCCGCAAACAAGCCCGCACCCUCCCAGACGAAGACGGCUUCGUAACCGUCGCGCGUGGCGGCCGCGCGGGGCCUGCGCGCAUCGAGGACGCGCAGAAGAAAGCCGCUGAGCAUGAUGAGCGGCGUAGGAAUAAUGGCGUGGGGGACGACUUUUAUAGGUUCCAGAAUAGGGAGAAGAGGAAGGAGGCGGAGGGGAGGUUGAGGAUGAGGUUUGAGGAGGAUAGGCGGAGGGUGGGGGAGAUGCGGGGGAGGGGGGGGGUGCGGGUUGAGCGGUAA